CCCCUCUCACACCACCACCCAACACGGGCAGGGAGAUAACAACGAUCACGGGUAUAUGAAAAAGCAGCUGAAAGAUACGCCUCAGUCUUCUACCGCACUGUGGGUAGUGAAAUCGUCAAUCGUCCGUCCAUCGCCAUACGCCAGUUACCAACAGGUUUAGUAAAUUUGUUGUUACAGCGCCAUGUUGGAGGCGAGGUCGUGCGCUUGGCUUGCUGGCCUCUGGUUCGUGGCUUCCCUUGGUCACGUACACACACAAGAUUCGCUGAGUCUGAGUAUUAUGAAUGUUUCGGUUACUACGACCAGUGAACCUCCACCGGUCAAGGUCUGCUUUACUGGAAUUACUAUGGAUAUCUCAGGUGAAAUACUGAUUUAUCUCAACUGCGGGGAUUCAACUUCAAACGAAGAUUCCGUUGAAGGCACAACAGUUACCAAAAAUAAUGAUGAUAAGAGUAUUUGUUCUGAACAUUUAAUGACCUUAGCAAUAUAUAAGCCUAAUCUCAACUGCAUUAUUACGGUAUAUAAUAAAGACAAUCCAGAUUUACAAGAACACGGAGAAGUUAUAUUCGACAUGCCAGCUAAAGAAAAUUUCCCAGAUUGUACUUUCGGAGGCAAAUGGACGGACCUAAACUUGUUGGCAUUACUAUGCCAACCCGUAGGUGAUCCCAACUUCAACUUGCUCUCCGAGGAUGGUUUCACCAGGGUAGUGGACUCUACCAAUAUCAUAUACUAUACAACAACAACCACACCCAUCGCAACAUCUGUCUCCCUCUGUAUGGACGAAGAAGGUAGCACUGUGAAUAACAAUCCAGCGACUUUGAAACUGUGCAGCGGCAGUGUUACAGUGUCUGACUUUACCGCAACAGGCAGUGAUCCGCUGGUCGCGAAUCUGAAGUACGAACCAAGUACUUCAAAUACUGGUACUCUUGAAGUAUCAGGCGCUAAAGAUUGUGACACUAAUACAUGCGACCUCCUAACAAAGAACAAUGAUUACGUAGCAACAACAGCAGCAACGCCAUCAACAACACUUACCAACCUUAUUACUAGGACUUCCCCGCCCUCGAACACAGACUACCUCGUUCUACAGUAUUCAAUGGACAGUUCCACCGGCGGCUUCAAACAGAGCCAAUAUGGAGUGCAUACAGAUUAUGACGUCAAAACAACUGUCAUAGAAACUGACAUCUUGGAAGUAUAUUGGACGAGCGCUGAUGAUACUUCCUACGGAAUGUCUUAUACAGAUGCUGGUGGCAGUACUGUUUCAGCAACAGUACUGUGUGCUGUUGCUGAUACUUACUGUUUUGGUUACUUUGUGAAAGUUCCAGCUGAUACAUAUUCAGUUUCGGUGUCAUCAAGUAAUGGAAAAAACGUCAUUACUGUGCCAUCUGUUGCAAUACCGUCGCCGGCGCCGAAAAAUGAAGGAUACCAAGAUGUAGUAGCUACAUUGACAAUAGAUACUUUUAUAAUUACAUCGGUUGCAACACCAUCUACAAUAACGGUAUGCUUCGGUAAAGGUGACUUGCCUCUAACACCGCUCAAAGAAAACGUCCACCUUACGUGUUCUGCCGGAACCCCGUCCGAGAUUUCCAGUGAGGCAACAAGCGUUACUGCAGCAGCCGACAACAGUAUCUUGUGCAGCACGCAUAACAUUCCAAGUGGUGACAACGUUCUUGAUCCCAAUCUUCACUGCAUUCUGUCAGUAAAUAACGAAAACCAAGUACCUCUUGGCUCCUCAGAAGUUAUUCUGGCGAUGCCAGGAGCAUUAUUCGACUGCUCAUCACCAUUUCUUAUGAGUGAGGCGAAUAUAAUGGGGAUGCAGUGCAGUGCUCGAGGGGACAUAAGUAAUGUGGUGAUUGAUGUGGACACAGACUCAUACCUUGUGCUUGAUGUAACAGAUGCAACGGCUGUAUCUACUUCUUACAUUCUUAUUGGUAGUUCUUCAAAAGUACCCAGCAUCGAUAAAGACGUGUUAAUAUGCUAUCAAGUGAAUAAUGGCGCUGCAACAUCUGAAUUCGUCAAAGUGUGUUCCUCUGCAGGUCUUAAAAUAGAUGCAACAAAAGAUUUAGGAAUAGAUAAAGCAACAGAGACGUAUACAUCAUCAGGCGGGGUUAAACUGACGGCCACACUCAGCGAUUCUGCCCUUGACAGCUACGAUAUCCUGGCGAUAGAUUCGUCAGCGUUUAUGUGUGCUGGAAAUAAGGAUACAGCAUGCACGCUUACAGGUUACGACAGGAAACAAGAAUUGGCCUACAUCGUUGUUUCAGGUGCUCCGCCAAGUGUGAAGUAUCAGCAGGGCUCAGUACAAGGCUACAAUAUGGUAGGUUCAUGGCUCUCAACAUCCACCAUAGAGGUCAACUGGAUCAACCCUACAAAGAGUUCACCUUUCACUAUAAAGAAAGAACCUACCGGCGGCACCUUCGACUCGGCAACAGUUGAUUGUGAAGACACUGAUAUAUAUUGCUAUGGCUACUUCACAGAAUUACCAGCAGGCUCUUAUACUGUGACUCUUACACCAGACUCAGGAAAGGAAUCGGUCAUAGGCGAGCCAAUCUCAAACACUCUGGCUAUAAAAGGCCUACAAGUGCAGGAGGUUCGCCUUGACUGGAGCAUAGAUAGCGUAAGAGCUAAUGCUAGCGUGUGCUUCAACGAGGACGUCGCCAGGGACCCCGAAGGACGGAAGGAGUACCGGGUGGUGUUGGUGGACGCUCAAGGACACUGGCUCCGCGCCCAAGAAGCAUCGCAGAAAAGGGAAGGGGCAUUGUGCUUUUCAGGGGCGGCUGUGGACACUCGAAAGUUCAAUACAGUUGACAAGGUGACUGUGUUGGUGACCAGGGUUGGUGAAGACGGCCGCACCGCCCUUGCUCACGGGGAGGCACAUCUGUUCUUCAUGACCCCGGAGACGGAGGGCGUCGGUGGCCGUGUGGGCCGCGUCACCCUGGGGAACCCUGGGGGCUACACCUUCACCGUCAGGAGGGAAGGUGACCCCGCCCCCGUCACCACCUCCACCACUGGUAGAUUCGUCCACUACUUCGUCCCGAGGACAACGGGCCCGGAGGUGGAGAGGCUGGUGGUGGAGACUGAAGGUUUGGAUGUGAAAAUGACCACUGUGGUUCCCCUGACCCCGCACGUGGUACCAGGUGUGCCUGGUAUGGCAAUAAAGUACAUGACGUUUCCAAUUACCAAAACCGUUACCGGAAACUACGUGACGGCUCUCGUCGACGUACAGUGUACAGAAGAAGUGACAGAUGCCGAUUCAUUGUCUCUGGUGGUCAUUCUUCCUGGCGAUGACACGCUACAAUACGUUGAUGCCGUUGAUGUCACGGGAAUAUCAAAAGACUGGACGGAGGUACCAUUUGAUCACAUGAAAGAUAAUGCAUUCGUGCCUGGUGACGUGACGGUGGUGGUGGCUGGACACAAUGGUGACGUGCCCGUUGCUUAUGGACAAGCCCAAGUUGUACUAACAGAUCCCGGGAGUAAGGCUUGGAGGGUCGGCAAGCAGACAGACGGAAGCCACGAAGCCUUUAGAUUUACGUUUGGAGAAACAGAGAACGAUGAUGGCGCCCAGCUGGACUACGAUAGCUCCUGUGACUGCCUGACUUCUCCCUGCUACUGUCUGGGCACUGCCAGAGUGGCUCAGGGGCCUCAACCUUUCUGUCUCAAACUCAAGACCACCGCCUCGACUACUGGCGGAAUCAUCUUGCAGUGUGAUAAUCAGCUUACGGCUUCCGACGCAGUUAAUGAGGCUAAGGUAACAUCAGCCAAGAUGACCCACAAAACCUCUGAGACUGUUGAUGUGGCAGUCGGCGUUAACUUUGACGGUCAAUUGGAACUGUUAUUCUACGAGACUGGCGACACGACGCUAAUCAAGCCGUCACAAACGUGCAGUGGCCCAGGAUCACUGUGCACAAUAACCGAUCAACCCGCCAACAGUGCUACUGGCGACUACAGUAUCCUGGCGGUGACAAUUGAUGGCAGUGGUGACGUUAAGGAGUCGAGUCUGCUCGCUUUUGAAGACUACAAGACCAAGUUCACACAGCUAACCUCAGACGCCAUGGAGGUUCGGUUCUCCGCCAAGACCAAGACUCUGUACCAAGUUACCGUCACUCCCGACAGUGGAACCUAUGACACCACAACAAUAGAGUGUGGCGCAGAAGACAACAACAUAUGUACCGUAUACUUCAUCUCCAUGACAGCAGGAAAUUAUGAGGCCAGCGUCCAGCUGAGACAUAAUGGGGAAAUGAACCAGGUGGCCACCCAGGUCAUUAUGGGGACUACGGAGACGAAGGGGCAGAAAGGUAGUGUGGCCCCCGUCAACCGGCAGAACCCCCGCGACCCCAUCUUAACUGGAAACCUAACCACUCUGGCAUCUGAGACAAAUCUUGGGUCGCGACUACCUCAGCUGACACACAACUCUGCCAACAAGGUCGAUGCCAGAACACCUUUCAGCCCGUCAUUUAAUGAGCUGCCUGAGUUAACAGUGAAGUAUAUGACGUUCCCAAUCACGAAAACUUCCUCCGGGGUUGACGUUCCGACCCUGGUUGAUGUAGAGGGUGCAGACGGAACUAAUGCAAACUCCCUAACUUUGGCGUUCAUUGUUGCUGACGGUGCCUCUGCAACACGACAAUAUGUUGACGUCACUGAUCUGGCAGCCUCCACGGAGGUAACGUUUGCUCACAUGAAUGAUAAUGCAUUAGUGCCUGGUGCUGUGACAGUGGUGGUGGCUGGACACAAUGGUGAGGUGCCCGUUGCUUAUGGACAAGCCCAAGUUACACUAACAGAUCCCGGGAGUAAGGCUUGGAGGGUUGGUAAGCAGACAGACGGAAGCCAUGAAGCCUUUAGAUUAACGUUUGGAAAAACAGAGAACGAUGACGGCGCCCAGCUGGACUACGAUAGCUCCUGUGACUGCCCGAAUUCUCCCUGCUACUGUCUGGGGACUGCCAGAGUGGCUCAGGAGCCUCAACCUUUCUGUCUCAAACUCAAGAUCACCGCCUCGACUACUGGCGAAAUCAUCUUUCAGUGUGAUAAUCAGCUUACGGCUUCCGACGGUGUUAAUGAGGCUAAGGUAACAUCAGCCAAGAUGACCCACAAAACCUCUGAGACUGUUGAUGUGGCAGUCGGCGUUAACUUUGACGGUCAAGCGGAACUGUUAUUCUACGAGACUGGCGACACGACGCUAAUCAAGCCUUCACAAACGUGCAGUGGCCCAGGAUCACUGUGUACAAUAACCGAUCAACCCGCCAACAGUGCUACUGGCGACUACAGUAUCCUGGCGGUGACAAUUGAUGGCAGUGGUGACGUUAAGGAGUCGAUUCUGCUCGCUUUUGAAGACUACAAGACCAAGGUCACACAGCUAACUUCAGACGCCAUAGAGGUUCGGUUCUCCGCCAAGACCAAGACUCUGUACCAAGUUAGCGUCACUCCCGACGGUGGAGCCUAUGACACCACAACAAUAGAGUGUGGCGCAGAAGAUAACAACUUAUGUACCGUAUACUUCAUCGCCAUGACAGCAAGAAAUGAUUACGAGGCGACCGUCCAGCUGAGGACAAGUGGGGAACUGAACCAGGUGGCCACCCAGUUCGUUAUGGAGACUCGGGAAAAGAUCUCGCGGAACGCCACCCUGGCGUUUCGAGCUAAGGGCAGUGAGAGACUCCUCGACCUGUGUGUCGGUGACCAGCUCCCAUCAACCUCCGGCGACUACAUCCUAGUCCUCAUCGCCGGACUGAACAACACCGUCAUCACGAAAGGGCCACUGAGCAACGAGAAUCCUUGUUUCUAUGAUGUGUCUGUGGAUGUCCAGCCAAGCCAACACGUCAACAUUAUGGUGUUGACUGAUGAAGAGAACACCAGAGUUGUCAUGGAGACCGAUGUCUUCAUCCUGGACCAGACCUCUGCCGACAUCAGCGUCACUCAGGUUGGGAGCAAGGCUCUCAAGGCCACCUGGAGCAACAGGUACCUCUUCGACUUGGAGUACGAGGUAGGCCUCGAUGGGGUGGGACACACGGUGGCGUGCAAGGCUCAGCAGGAGUGCAUCGAGUACAUCCACCUGAAUUCGUCGCAGGGAAAUACGAACGUCACGAUCAAGGAAAACAACGACGGCACUGUCCAGGUGGUCAGUGUUGAGGUCUCUCCUGUGACCAUACCCGAGCUCACUAUUGCCAGCCGCAGCAUCCAAUGGGAUGACCGCCUGCGGGUGUGCUUCGACAGGCUCGCUACCGCGGAUGCCUACGAGCUGGGCCUGGAGAAGGACGACACCCACCUGCAGACCAACGUCCACGCCCAAGUCGACACUCACGCCACCUCAGAAACCUGCAUCGUCAGCGCCGACACGGUCGACGUCGGCGCUUACGUCGACCUCUGGAUGGUGGUCACGGCCUUUGAAGCCUCCGGGACUAUCUUGGCGUCCGGGGAGUCGACCUGGAACACCAUCUUAUUGAGUUCAAGUCGUAACGUCCGAGCGGCCAUUCAGAACACCACUAUCCUCGCCUCUUGGUACUUGCUCGACGAUACCUCGACCAUCGACAAUUUCCAAGUCAUCCUGCGCUCCUCGGACGGCGACACGGUCAUGCUUGCAUCAAACACACAAUCGGCCUACACGUUUACCAGUCAAAGCUACGGGACGUACACGGUGUGUGUGAAGGCAUUGAAAGUGGUGACUACCGAGAGCACGGUCGACAGUGAGGAGGUCUGCAGCGACAUCAUCGUAUUUUCCAGUAACGCCGGACCCACCCAAAAUGUCCAUGAAACGGAGCCCAAGUCCACGGCUAAGGACUCUGUGUUGCUGACGUGGCAGCCGCCCCAGGGCGAAGAGAACGUGUCUGGCUACUAUGUGAGCUGGUCGAACGUGAACCCUUCAUCGAAGAGAAGCCCUCGCCGCCGUCUGCCACCUCAGUCUCUCAUGAGGUCACACGAGGAGCUGCAACAGUGGGUGAGUGGUGAGGGGGACGCGGACUUCGUCAUUGUCCCUGCUACUGAAACCAGUGUGGAGGUUAAGGACCUGCAGGAGGACGCCAAGUACACCUUCUGCGUCUCCUCCAUUGUGAACGACGUCAUGGCUCAAUCCCCGGCUUGCAGCAACACGUCUCUCGCUGACUUCACACCAUUGUCUCCCCCGAGUCUAUUGAACCCCAGUGGAGGGGAGCUACAGUGGACUGAUAACAACACAGGGGACAUUACCUACAUGGUGGAGUGGAGGUCUCCCAGCGAGGACGAUCACCUGGAGGUGAGUGAGACCUCGUACCACCUACAGGUGGCUCCUGGCAAGUGGGACGUCAGCGUGAGGGCCCUCAGCGCUGACAGCUGCAGCGACCCCAACACAACCACCGUCACCAUCCCAGGUGUGCCGACGUCUAUACUCCAGGUGGGGAGUAAGAAGAUGACGGUGGCCUGGUAUGAAGAGCCGACCCCUCAAGAUAACAACAGAUAUAUUGUCGACAUUUUCCAGGACACCCAGCCGGUAGAUCAGUGCACCUUGGGUUGCUCUGGCGACGCCAGCAAGGGUGACUGCUCCUGCGAGUUUUCCCUAGAAACCAUCCAGCCGCCAGUGGUGCUCACCGUGAGUGUCCACAUGUACUCGCAGGAGUCCUACGAUCUGAACUUCACAAUGAUGCAAAUAUCCGGAAUGAGGCCUGUGGCUACGACGAUCAGGUCGAGUAGCGAGGUGGAUGUCAAGUGGGAAGCGGUCGAGAACGCCAAGUUUUACCAGCUGAGUCUCUACGAGAACGAGAGCCUCUCCGUGGUGAGAUGGGCGAAGCAACAAGCGCUGCCUCUCUGGGUGACGCUGACGGAGGAGGACAUGAUGGGCAAUGUGUUCGUCGUCCAGGCCUGCACUGACGAGUCCCACUGCGGCGACGCCACCCAGAUGACCAUACUGGACCAAAACACUAGUGGUGGCAGCUCCGUGGUUGGAGCAGUCCUCGGUGGCGUCUUGGGGGUCACCAUCCUCGCCUGUGUCAUCUUCUUCUUUGUGAAGCGUCAGCAGGUCAAGAAAAAAGAGCGAAAAGCUCUUAAUGACCAGGAGAUGGCGCCCGCAGAGUACAUAUACGAUGAAUGGGGAGCGAGACGUCUGGGACAAGCGCCAGUAGCGACUACUCUCUCCAAUACCAGCUAGUGGGACUCGUGGCGAGAGCACAGGGAGGGGAUGGUGAAGACUGCCAAGGCCAACGAAGUCCUCCCCUGACGUCAUAUACCCGUGACAUCACUCUAUACACCCCUGACGUCAUACUAUAUCCGUGUAAUCAUAUAGCUUCAAGAAGCAACACGAGAGCUUACAACGAGAUGCUCAGAAGACUACUCUUGGCCAAUAGAUUUUUUUAAUUUUAACACGUGGUACUAGGAAUUAAAACACAUGCUGAAAACGUAGUUCUUUUCAUCUUUGGCGUUCAACUGUUACUUUGUGAUGCAUUAACUCUUCAAAACAGCAUCUCAAAUUAGUUGAAGCCCUUGUGACAGUGUUGUAUGGGACCAAUGCAGGGCUAGUGCUGGCUGGGAUCUGCAGAAUUAAGAGCUCAGGGAGAAGUAGAUACCAUGUGUACAAUACCCAAUACCUCAUAUUUGGCUCCCUGGUGUGGCUUUGACGAGCAGGUGUGUGUGUGUGUGUGUGUGUGUGUGUGUGUGUGUGUGUGUGUGUGUGUGUGUGUGUGUGUGUGUGUGUGUGUGUGUGUGUGUGUAUGUGUGUGUGUGUGGUAGUCCACACACACACACACACGAUGUAUAUCAGUGUGUAUGGCUCCCUGUGAUAAUGCCUCAAAUGCUUAAAAGUAAACAAUUAUAAAUUAAACUUCUGUCUCGUCAAGAUUAAUAUUCCAUUAUUAAAGAUGAGAAAUAUUCCAUUACUUUUGUGUAAACCAAACUCAUUAUCAAACUCAUUAGAUUAUUUAUGUCCCUAAAGUAUAGAAAAAGGGUAUAAUUCUUCCCCUCAAACUGUACUGUGACCUCUGCCUGAGACAGCUUAAGGGAGUUGUCAAGAAGGCUGCUGACUCCUUAUCUAGAGCUGUGACACAUGGUUUCGUAAGGCAUUAGGCUUCGGGCGCCUUCAACACGUCUUCUCUAAACUGCCUUAGGUAAAGGUCAGAGCAAAUUUUGAGGGGAUCAAUAGGCAUGUUCUGUACUAUGGAGGCAUAAGCAAUCUGAAACUAACAGUUACUACCCAGGAAUUUUUAGUUUACACAAUUAUUAAACUAAAUGUAAAUAAGUUUACUUGACAGGUCUCAGAUAUUACGAUCAAAUAAAUUUGUCAACUGAUACUCACGCACGCACGCACGCACACAUACACACACACUAACUUUAACCUCACCUUUCUUUGUUAUGACAAGUUAUUACAAAUUAUAACACAUUGAAUAAGUAAACAAUACUAUGUUAAACUAUUUAUGAACAAUUUGUACAAUAAAUUACAUAUUUGCAUAAAUUUUCUUUACAAAUCAUCCACAUAUUUCUAAGUUUGUUUACACCUUUAUCCGAUCAGCUGAUUUCUCCCCCGUGUCCUCGAGAUUACCAUAUUAAUCAGCCGAGUUAAUUAAGCUUUCCCAUUCAGCUAGCUCAUCUCACAUGACAUCAAGGGACCUAAUGACACACUAACCAGCACUGGAAUGCACGUAGUAAAGUGUCGACGCCUCACUUAACAUUUCUAUGGCAUUUGUGAGGAAAAAAGGAAUCUUUGAGGAACAACAGGGACUUUGGGGAACAACGGAGUCUGAAAAAUAACGGAAUCUUUGAAGAACAAAGGAGUCUGAAGAACAACGGACUCUUUAAGGAACAAAGGAUGGUUUGAGGAACAACGGAGUCUUUUAGGAACAAUGGAGUCUUUCGGAGGGUUGCAAUCGUAAAAGGUUUUUAGAGGAUCGCAGGACAUGGGAAUAUAAGAAAAGCCUCAAUAGAAGAUUGCCCCCACAAGGACCCCUAAUCGGCCUGCUGACCUUCUGAAGGACUUCUACCAAACAAGUUAUUCGCUUGUCUCUGUCCAGUGUGUAUAUGUAUAGAUUAUAUUUUCUCGCAACAUUGCAGUAAUUUAUGUCAAUACCAUAUUAUUUAUAUUACGUUUAAUUACAGUAACCUUUCCUCAUUGCGUUCCGUGUUGGGAUUAAGUUUGGUGCUCAUAGUGUAUAGCUUUAGUCAUAAUCACAGUGUAUAGCCAUAGCAUAAAAUGUAAUAAAAAAUAGAACUCAG